GUGGUGCUGAGAGUUAGGAUUCAGAGAGACAAGAGUUAAUGGCGAGAGUAAUUGCUAAGUUCCCAACUGUGUUUUUCCCGGGUCAACUCGGUCAGCCCAGAGAUCCUUUUUUCAAACCCUUGUUCUCACCGCCAACGGUCAACUUCGUUUUCGCGGCAAAACUUCGAGCAUCUUCAACUCCUGCUGCCGUCGUCGUUGAAACGAAGCCGGAUCCUAUUUCAGUUGAAAAGGAGGUUAGCAUUGGCAAGAGCAUUUUAGCUUGUCCCAUUUGUUAUCAACCAUUCACAUGGAAUGGUGAUCUAGGUUUAUCAGUAGAAUCUAUGCCAGGGUCUAGUUUCCACUGUAGUUCUUGUAAGAAGGCAUGCUUCGGUAAUGAAACACAUCUUGACCUGACAGUAGCCACUGGGGCCAAGGAGUAUGAUGAAUCGAUGCCAGCUGCAACAGAGAUAUUCAGGACUCCACUGAUAUCAUUUCUCUAUGAGAGGGGCUGGCGUCAAAAUUUUAUAUGGGGUGGUUUUCCAGGUCUAGAGAAAGAGUUUGAAUUGGCUAAAGGUUACCUUAAGCCAGUUCUAGGUGGAACUAUUGUUGAUGCUAGUUGUGGGAGUGGAUUAUUUUCAAGAACUUUUGCCAAGAGUGGAUUAUUUUCUCUUGUUGUUGCUCUGGACUUCUCAGAGAACAUGCUACGACAAUGUUAUGAAUUCAUUAACCAGGAGGAAGGCUUUCCCAAAGAGAAUAUACUCUUAGUCAGAGCUGAUAUCUCCAGACUUCCUUUUGCUUCAAGUUCAGUUGAUGCUGUGCAUGCUGGUGCGGCAUUGCACUGUUGGCCCUCGCCCUCUAUUGCUGUAGCUGAAAUAAGCCGGGUUCUUCGCCCAGGAGGAGUUUUUGUUGCUACCACCUACUUACUUGAUGGCCCUUUUUCUGUGCUUCCUUUUCUUAAGACUCUGCGCCAGAAUAUGGUGCGAGUUGCAGGCAGCCAUGCGUUCUUAUCUGAACGUGAACUAGAAGAUCUCUGCACAGCCUGUGGGUUAGGGGGUUUUACAUGUGUGAGAAAUGGGCGCUUUGUGAUGAUCUCAGCUACAAAACCUAGCUAAGAAUUUGGUUUACACCAUUCUCCAUCGCCUCAUUUAUAUCAGAUGUCUGUCAAAGAACUUGGAAAUUCUGUAAUAUUCUUGUACAUGACUGGUGCUGAAAUUGCAUAUGGGUAAAUUGUAUGAGAAUCUAAAGAAUCUACAGGGUGAAAUAAAGUUGAGGGCCUUUGAUAUUUCAU